UUCAGAUUGAUUCGAACUGCCGUCGCGGUCGGGUGUGUUUCUCGGUCCGGUCGCCGCUCCCUCGAAAGUUUCAAACGCAAGAAAAAAAAGAAUGUGUAAAGUUGGUGCUUCUUGUCUGCUGCAGUUGAAAAAUUAAUUAUUAAAUCAAUUCGCGCGGAGUACGGUUCACGUCGUCGCGUUCGCUUCGCGCUGGGAACCAACAGUGUGCAUUGUUUUUGCUCGCCGGAGGAAGCAAAACAAGGCGCAGAUUUUGCGUUUUUUUCUGUUGUGGGAGGCGGAGGAAGUGUCUGGGUCUGGGAAGAGAGGAAAAUUUUCUGCUAAAGAAAAACACGCAUAAAAAGUGUUCUCACGGAGUGUGAUUCGGGGCGUGUGACCUUUUUGGUGCAAUUGGGCCGGAUCCGGGGGAAAACAACGCCCGGAAGUGCUGCUGUCUUGGCAGGGGGAGGAAAGGGAGCUCUGUAAACAACAGCCGGAACAGUGGAAUCUGGCGAGUCUUCCAGCAAAAUAGCUUCCGGACGAUGAUGAUGGCGACGACGACGACCGCGAUGACAAUGAUUUCGAUGAUGAUUUAGGAGCAACACACAACAUCAGAAUCUGUAGCAUCUGUAGAGUAGAGAGAAGUGGAACGGAAUCGAUCCCUUCAAGACUGAACCUUCGCGGUGAAUCGACGGUCAGCGCCAUGGAACCCAAGACAGUGGACCUGUACGAAUUCCUGGUGGAGUCGGAACUGCAGCAGUACUACAAUUCGUUAAAAAAUGACCUCAAAAUCACCACAAUCGCUCACCUCAAGUACGCCACGGACGAGGAUCUGCGCCAGGUUUGCGGCCUUUCGCGACCCGAGACGCGCCGGUUACGCAAGUACUACGAAAAGUACUAUCCCCAUGGGUACCUCAACAAGAUCAAACGGCUGCUGCAAACGCCGAAAAAGGACGAGGGAAGCGUCGGAAGUCCUACGACGAGCGUGGAACCGUUGAAGACGUGUCCAUCGCCGAGUAAGAUCCCGAACAACAAGCACAUCAUCCCGGCGGAUGCCAUCACGGUGAACAAGCAGCUUGGCACGGGCGAGUUUGGGAUCGUGCAGCAGGGCGUUUGGACCAACGGGACGGAACGGAUUCAGGUGGCGAUCAAGUGUUUGUGCCGGGAGCGGAUGCAGUCGAAUCCGAUGGAGUUUUUGAAGGAAGCUGGGAUUAUGCACUCGAUCGAGCAUGAGAAUAUUGUGCGGUUGUACGGGGUGGUGCUGGACACGGAAUCGCUCAUGUUGGUCACGGAGUUGGCCCAUUUGCGGUCGUUGCUGGAGUGCCUGAAAGAUCCGGGGCUGCGGGUUAGCUUUUUGACGGUGCCGACGCUGUGCGAGUUUGCGGCGCAGAUUUGUAACGGGAUGAUGUAUUUGGAAAGCAAUCGACUGAUUCAUAGAGACUUGGCAGCUAGAAAUAUCCUAGUGUUUAGUAAGAACAAGGUGAAAAUUUCCGACUUUGGGCUGUCGCGAGCACUCGGAGUUGGAAAGGAUUACUACCAGACUAACUUUAACAUCAAUCUGAAGCUUCCAAUCGCGUGGUGCGCACCGGAGUGCAUCAACUUCCUUAGGUUUACGAAUGCCUCGGACGUGUGGGCGUACGGAGUUUGUCUGUGGGAGAUAUUCUCGUACGGGUUCCAACCGUGGGCUGCCCUCACCGGCCAUCAGAUUCUCGAAGCCAUCGAUGAACCAAACUACCAGCGGCUGGAAAAGCCCGAAUGCUGCCCCAAGGAGUACUACUCACUGAUGGUCAAGUGCUGGCAGCAUGACGCCACCAAGCGGCCCAAGUUCACCGAAAUCUACCAACUGCUGCCGGACAUGAAGCCGGAGCAGCUCAAAACCAUCGUAUCUUUCAGUGAGCCCAAAAAGGAUCACCUACUUUACCGGCAGGGCGAAAUUAUUACCGUACUGGACAAGAGUUCCAACUCUCCGUACUGGAAGGGCGUCCUGAACUCGGGCAAAACGGGCCUUUUCAACCCGGCCAACACCGUUGCCUAUCUGGACAGUCUGCCGUCGUCGGUGAAUCGCGACAGCUUCAGCAGAACCUCGGAACGUACGAGCAAGCGCAAGAUCCGCACCGACAUGAUUUCCCGACCGCAGAACGACCUCAAACACACGGGCCACGUGGGCAUCGAUGGGGCGUACUUUGGCGACGUGGCCUUCCUCGCGAGUCCCCAGAAUCUCCCCCGCCAGAUCGUAACGCCGUACAAGCCAUCGGAAGAUCUGGAGCAGACGCCGCUGCUGCUGCCGCCGACGCCAACCAGUCCGGACUCGAUCCAAACCGCCAGCGGGUACUUUUCCGACACGCUCCAAACCGGCCACCAGAACUUUGUGAACGCUGGUGAAGCGCACGACCGGUCCACGGUGGACAGCGGGCUGGCCAGUGCGUUCGACUUCCGUAACAGUGGCUUCAAGGACAGCAACCCGUUCAUCAACGUCGACGUCAACGGGGACGGCCAGAACAACACCCACGUCAAGGAGUCCAAAACCGGCGACGGCCACGAACCGCACGAGUACCACGAAAUCUCCGACGAUGACAUCCCGACGGAGAAGGUGUUCGGCGGGACGUCCCUGUUGGACGAGAUGGAGAACCUUUUCAAGAGCUUUGCGAGCGCCUCGGAGAACCCGCAGCUGCAGCAGAUUCAGAGUAUGCAUCAGCCGCCCCUCUCGCCGGAUGUGGAAAACACCAACAAGCGGAACGAACUGACGGAGCAGCUGUCGUCGAGGUUAAACCGGAAGAACAGCUCCAGCUCGGGAACGGUCAGCAGCAGUAAGGGAGGAACUAAAUCCAGCAAGAAGAAAACCAGCACCGUCAAGCCCAUCUCCGUCAAGGACGAACGGCUGCUCAACCAAGCCAUCGAGAUUGCCAACGAAAUCAGUGCAAAAUCAAUGACCGACCUGGUGUCGGACUCGAGCCAGCAAACGUCCAGCCCGAAGCGCAAGUUUAGCUUCCGCUUUCCGCACAUUCACGGCCAUCACCACGGUUCGGGUGGUGGUGGUGGUGGCGCCGGAAGUGGCGGCAGCUCUGGUAGCGGUGGAGUUCCGUUAAAGUCCGAUCAGCAUGGUUCGAUGGGGUCGGGAAGUGGUAGUGGAGGGGUGCUUGGAGGAAGCGGAGGAGGAGGUGGGGGUGGCCCCAGCGGAUCUGGCAGUGGAAGUCGGGGCUCGGGUUCCGACAAGGACCACCUGGCGUCCGGGUCGGGGUCCUCGUCAGGGCAUCACCACCAUCAUCACGGAACGGGGACGCUUUCGAGUGCGUACCGGGAGCGGAGGAACUUCUCCGAGGAGGCGAAGAAUGUGCCGGAUUUGCAUCGCUAUCGAUCGUUGACCGGGAUUGAAAGCUAUCGCGGCAACGAUAGCAUCCGGAUUCCGCUGUUUGACAAGGAAUCGUCGGACUUUUGCUUCGAGAAGAGCCGCGAGCUGUUGUCGCGCCCGUUCGGGUUGGACAUUUCGGCGGCGGCUCAGACGCUCGAUGGGCGGCACUUUGACAAGAAGACGCGGGACUUGAUCGGGGAGAACCUGCUGGACAUUGAGAAGACGCUGAACGCGCUGAAUCUGGACUUUCUGCAGACGUACCAGGAGCUGGAGAAGGCGGACUCGGCGGAGACGCUAUUUGGGGAUGGGUUUGGGAAUACGCCGUUCCGGAAGAGUCCGCCGGCGAGUUCGUUGGCGCGGGGAGGAUCACUGGAGGGGAAGGGUGGGAAAUUGGGAUCGACGUCGGUGUUUAGCAGCGAGAAGGGCAGUGGAAGUGGAGGAUCGUCGGUAACCGGGAAGAGUCCACCGACGAAGAAGCAGUUCGAGAUGAAUUUGUACUCGGAGUUGAAUGGGAGCGAGAGUAGGGUGCGAUCACCGAAGGGAAUUCCGAUUAGGGACUUUAAGUUUCGGCAGACGAUCGAUCCGCGGUGUAAGGAUCGCGCGGAUUAUUACAACAUGAAGAACGAAUAUCUGUCGGAUUUGACGCGCAAACAGCAGAGUCAGGUGCUGGCUUCGUCGCCGGUGAAGAAGACUGCCAACUCAAGCAAUCAGUCGAUCAACCAGCUGUACCAGAUCUACAACACUCCGAUGACGGCUAGGAAGUUUGACGAUAGUACGGUGUCGAUCAUGGCUUCGGCCUGCCAGCAGCGUCAGCGAUCGCUGUCCUUUACAGAAAACUACGAACUCAAAUCGCCUUCGUGCGCGAUCGACGCAAAGCUGCUUUCGAUGUGCCAGUCGGUAACGUCCGCGAUCAAGUCGGUUCCGUUGAUACCGGCGGUACCGACCCCUCCCCCGCCCGCAAUCGGCAAGUCCCGCAAGAUGAUCUCGUACAAACCCAAAAGCAUCCGCGCUCGAAACCUGCGCCGGCUCAGCUACAACCCGAUCAGCAUGAUCACCUCGUCCUCGUCGAGUAGCGAAAGCGAACACGAUCCUCGCCAGCUAGCCCACUCGGAGUGCGACAUCCGGUCCAAGCUCAGCGCGCGACGCCGACGUUACAUGCAACGACGCUCCAACAGCAACAGCGCCAGCAGCCAGGACAAACUGUACGGCUCGAACGCCAGCAUCAAGUCUGCCCCCCAAUACAACUACAACAGCGAUCGACAGCAGCAACAGUUCUACAACAACUACCCGUACCACUACACCGACUACGCCGACCGAGACGAUGACGAUGACGACGACGACGACGAUCGACCCCCGAAUCCCGUCAUCCCCCUUCCCGUCCCCGCACCCCCCUCCACCGUCCCCGACAACAUCUACGACUUUGUAGUCCCACCCCCGCCUCCGGCCAAGUACGCCAACGACCCGACGCCAACGCCACCACCCCCGGCCAAGUACGCCAACAAACUGUACUCGACGGCCGCGGCCGAGUUUGACGUGUCCAAGCUAACCGGCAAGAGCCCAACCACCCAGAGCUACUUUGCCCAGCAACCCCCGGCGGCGGCCCCCACCAUACUCCCGGAACCACUCCCACAACCCGCAAAGCAGCAGCCCCAACCCGGCUUCCAGUGGCCGGAAAAGAUCCACGGGGCGCUCGUCAAGCACAACGACAUGCUGUGGCAGCGGCAGAAGCAGCUCUUCGGUGGUAGUGCCACUGCCGGAGGAACAACGGCCGGAAGUGGUGGCGUUGGUGGCGGAGGCGGUGGAAUCUCCAGCGAUACCUCCUCGACCGAGACGGACUCGAUCGACUUUCGGCGGGAGUUGGGCUCGGCGAUGAUGCCGCCCAGUCCGGCGCCGUGAGGUUUGCGAAAGGCCGCCGACGUACGGAUCGUGUAGAACGCACGCGCGCGCGUCGAGUGAGCUUGGACCUGUGUUGCUGAUGGGAGGUUUGCGGAAGGGUUGAGUUGAGCUUGUGGUAGGUUUGCUUCAUUUAACUGUAAACGCCAUCCAUCCGUCCAACCGGGGUUUACUGAUUUUGUUGUGUUUCGGUUUUGCAAGGACGGCCAUCAGAGACAGAUCAGUUUAAGGGAAAUAUCUAAUAAUUUCGUAUUUUAAUUUAGUAUAUUACUUUGUGCAACCCAUUGAAUUUAAGUGGAUUGCAGACUGGAUUUCGUCAUGUUUAGGUAAUGAUUGUCUAAGCUCAGGUUGUCAAAAAAUAUUUUUGGAAAUAGACGACGGUAAAUAUUGAUGUUUUAUGAGGAUAAUUUCAUUCCAUUAAUUUCAGGUAACUAUUUCACCAAACCCGCGGUGUUGAGAGAUAGCUGGGGAGGAAAGAUUUUGUUUAACACUUUUGCGAAAGUUACGUGCUUGAAAAUACUUAUCCGCCUUUUUCAAUAGUUGCUCCAGAUAUUAUGUUUUAUCAAAAAUCAGGUUUGAAAUACAAUUCUAGAGUAUUUUUUUUAAUUUAAACUUAUCUGCUUUGGGUUUCCUAUGCAGAUAGGUUGAAAAUCAAAGUAUGCGAGAUUUUUUUCCGACCUCCUGAGUACACGGUCCUGGAAUUGC